CGAUCUGAAGAGACGACAUUGUCCCAUGAAAGCGUAUUUAGGGUCUUCCGCGAUUUGGAUUCUUCUGCCCCCAACGCUUUGUGUUUCUGCCUUGGUACUGACUAACAGCAAGAAUGUGAAUCCGAUCACCCUUCAGAAAAGAUCUUGGAUUACCCGACUCGAAUCGAAGAGAGUGGCGCGCGACGAUAUAGCUCCAUCAAAGUUUGCCAAGGUUGACCUGGAGUCUCUAGCAUCGCUGAAUACUUGCGAGAGCGGCACAAAAGCACGGCGCCUACUUCGGAAGAUUUUACUGGAAGAUAGAGACUCCCAAAGCCAAGUUCUCUAUGGAUCCGUUAAAAUACCUCCCGGGGCUUCGUCUUGGGGCAUCUCCGACGGAGAUUUAGCCAUUCAGACUCGUCUAUUGAAUUCCAAAUAUUCAAUUAUGGAUGUUAUCGAGCUUUCGGGAAAUCGUGAUGCUGAUCGUGCCUCCUUGUCACUUUUGUGUCUAAUGGUAGCGAGCACGAUCAGUGCCAUUAUCGCGAACCAACAUCUACCAGGGCCCGAGAUUUUACGAUUUAUGGUGGUAUGGUUGUUCUGCUUUUCCCCUUUUAUUUUCGUGGGUUACGGAAUAGCGACACCUGAGAAAUUGCAAGCUUUCCUUGUAUCCGUUCAGCGCGAACUUUUUCCGGCAUAUCGACAGCGAAUGCUGCAACAUGAGGCUGGACAUUUUUUGAUGGGACAUCUACUGGGUUUACCAGUAGCAGGUUACCAAGCCAACGCAGUCAAAAAUGCCGUCAAUUUUUAUCCUCUAGCCGACACCGAUCGAAGUUUCGACUUGGCAAGUCAGUUAGGGUUUGACAAAUCCCUCUCGGCACGGAGAGUUGAACAAAAUUCAGAAGCAUUAUCCGCGGAUCAGCUGUCAGCAUUUGAUGCCCCAUUCUUUUCGGAAACAGGUCGAGGUGCAUGGCUUGUCGAAGAAAGGUCUGUUUUCCGAAAUGCUCAGAACUACACAAACAAUCCUUUCCUCAAACUCGCGUCACGGAACGAGCCGUCCAAUUCCUGGCCUUUUCGAGGGUUUGAUGAAGCAACAUUAGACCAGCUAUCAGCAAUCUCUGUGGCUGGUGUGUGCUCUGAGAUUUUGGCGUUCGUGUGUAUACGCCUUUUCCUUUGGGCAAUAGGAAACGCCGAGGGCGGAGUAGCUGAUCUGAAUCAACUACGACAGAUUUACCGUUCGGCCGAGCCGAGUAUCAGCGAACGAGAUGAAGAAAACAGGAUUCGGUUUGCGCUGGGGUACACAAUGUCGCAGCUAAGACGACAUCUAGGGGCCCUCGAUGCUUUGUCGAAAAUCAUGGAACGUGACGGCACUAUUGCUGAGUGUGUUGCGGCGAUCGAAAAUUGCGAAAACAUGAGUGGAGUCGUCUCUAUUGCUGGCGAAAAUUACGAAGUCCAGAGACGGAAGGAUUUCUUGUCAGACCAGAGGAGUCCUUUAGAGCGCUUGUUCCUUGGUGGAGGAAGAACCAUUGACGAAUUGGAAGAUAGACUGGUAGAAGGAAAAGGUGGUGGAUAUCGAAAAGAAACCUUUCGACUGACAGGCGAUGAUCCUGUUUAUGCUGCUAUUGCAGUAGCCCUGCUCUUUGCACUGUGGGCGAGCGCUGGCGGCCUAUCACUUCACUAA